AUGGGCAGCGUUGGUGACCCACAGCCGGAGCGCAUCCUCAAGACCGACCUCUGGCAAUAUGGCAAAAGACGGCGUGAGGAUGGUCCAUAUGCUGACAAUCUUGACAUCGACGUACUCGUAAUUGGUGCAGGAUUUGGCGGUGCAUACUCCUUGUAUGAGUGUAGGAAACAGGGCUUCAGCACUGUCGUGUACGAUGUCGGCCAAGGCUUUGGUGGGACCUGGCGCUGGAACGUUUAUCCAGRGGCCCGAGUGGACAGCCCUGUUCCCAUUUAUGAACUCUCCAUUCCCGAAGUAUAUAAAGAUUGGUACUGGACGACCAACUAUCCUGGCUGGGAUGAGCUUCAGGCAUAUUUUGACCAUGCCGACAAGGUGCUCGAGCUUAGUAAGGACUGUGCUUUCGAGACUGUGGUUGUCAGCGCCGAGUUCGAUAAAAAUGAGGGAAAGUGGGUCGUCAAAACUCAGGAUGGCAGAACUGCGAAAGCUCGAUUCUUGAUUGUCGCCGCGGGCUUCGCGGCCAAGCGAUAUAUUCCCGAUGUACCUGGCCUCGAAAGCUUUAAAGGAACCAUUCAUCACAGCUCCUUCUGGCCUGCAGAGGGAGUCGACUAUAAAGGCAAGAAAGUGGCUAUCAUCGGUACUGGCGCCUCUGGUGUGCAGAUGAUUCAGGAAAUGGGACCACAUGUCGAACACCUCACUGUGUACCAACGUACUCCAAAUCUUGCCCUUCCAAUGGGCAAAAAGCCACUGACGAAGGAGGAGCAAGAUGCCAUGAAACCACUCUAUCCGACCAUCCACGAGAUGCGUGAGCAUUCAUUUGCUGGUUUCCACUAUGACCUGUGCGAACGCAACACCUUUGACGAUAACGAACAAGAGCGUGAAGCUCACUUCAACAAACUCUGGGAACAAGCCGGGUUUGCCUUAUGGCUUGGCGGAUACAAAGACUACCUGUUCGAUGAGAAGAGCAAUCGAGAGAGUUACAAUUUCUGGCGAAAGCAGCAGUCCAAGCGGGUUAAGAAUGAGGAGAAGAAAGAGUUGCUCUUCCCAGAACAGCCUCCACAUCCAUUUGGAGUCAAACGUCCUUGUCUCGAGCAAAACUAUUACGAGGUUUUGGAUCGGGAUAAUGUCACUAUUGUAAACAUCAACGAGCAGAAUGGAACUCCUAUCGAAAGGUUUACUGAGAAGGGCAUCGUUGCUAAUGGUGAGGAGCGCGAGUUCGACAUCAUUGCAUUAGCUACUGGAUUCGAUGUGGUGACUGGCGGUAUGACAAGCAUGGGUCUAAAAUCAAUCAACGGCACCUACCUUCAAGACGAGUGGAAGGCGGCGGCAAAUACAUUCUUAGGUACCACCAUUUCUGGAUAUCCUAAUUUAUUCCACAUCUACGGUCCUCAUGGUCCCACGCUUCUCUCAAAUGGACCAUCGACAGUCGAAAUUCAAGUCCGCUGGAUUCGCGACGCAACCAAGCAGAUUGAUCGUCAGGGGCUGAAAUACAUCAACCCGACCAAGGAAGCUAGCGACGAAUGGAAGAAGCGCAUCAACGAUCUGGCGGCUCCAUCGUUAUUCCCAACCACUCGAUCAACUUACAUGGGAGGUACUGUGCCCGGGAAAGCGUUUGAGAUGACUUGCUAUGCUGGUGGCGUGGAUAAGUAUGGUCCUGAGAUUAGGGGAUAUUUGAAUGGAUGGAAGGGGUUCGAGACUGUCAAGGCAUGA